CAGAGUCCCAGGAGAGGGCACGGGAACAAUAGAACAGUUCGGUGGUUGGAGUCGGGGGGACUUUGGACGCCGGGCCUGAGAGGGGCCGACUGGGGUCCCCGGAGACCCCCUCCACUGGUCUGGAGCUGCACAGAGAGACGUCCUGAACCCGCAGGGCACUCCUGCCGGGGAGCCAGAGUCACCCCCCACGCUCCCCCAGCUAGAGCCUCAAGCGACGCGCCCAAGCCCCGCCCACUCCUCAGGUCUUGCUAUUUUGGAAGCUACAAGAAAAAAAAUAGAUUGGAGGAGGUUUGGUCUUUUAAGUGGACAUGGCUCAGAUAUCCAACAACAAUGGGUUUAAGCAAUGUUCAUCUUCACAUCUGGAACCAACAAGAACAAAAGAUGUGGGCAAAGAAGAAGCAUUACAGAUGGAAGCAGAGGCUUUAGCAAAACUGCAAAAGGAUAGACGGGUGACCGAUAACCAGAGAGGCUAUGAGUGGUCAAGCAGCACCAGACAAAAAGCACAAGUUUAUAGCAAACAGGAUUAUGAUCUCAUGGUGUUUCCUGAAUCAGAUACCCAAAAAAGAGCAGUAGAUAUUGAUGUAGAAAAGCUUACCCAAGCUGAACUUGAGAAACUAUUGCUGGAUGACAGUUUCGAGACUAGAAAAACACCUGUAUUGCCAGUUACUCCUGUUCUGAGCCCUUCAUUUUCAGCACAGCUCUAUCUUAGACCUGCUAUUCAGAGAGGACAGUGGCCACCUGGAUUAUCUGGGCCUUCCAGUUACUCUUUACCUUCUGUUUACCAGUCAACUUACAGUAGUAAACAGACUGUAUUCCAAAAUGGCUUCAAUCCAAGAAUGCCUAGUUUUCCAUCCACAGAACCUAUAUAUUUAAGACUUCCAGGACAGUCUCCAUAUUUUUCAUAUCCUUUGACACCCACCACACCCUUUCAUCCACAAGGAAGCUUACCUAUCUAUCGUCCAGUAGUCAGUCCUGACAUGGCAAAGCUGUUUGACAAAAUAGCUAGUACAUCAGAAUUUUUAAAAAAUGGAAAAGCAAGGACUGAUUUGGAGAUAACAAAUUCAAAAGCUACUAUCAGCAAUCUACAGGUAUCUCCAAAGUCUGAAGAUAUCAGUAAGUUUGACUGGUUAGACUUGGAUCCUCUAAGUAAGCCUAAGGUGGACAAUGUAGAGGUAUUGGACCAUGAAGAAGAGAAAAAUAUACCAGGUUUGCUAGCAGACGAUCCUUGGGAUGCUGUUCUUCUUGAAGAGAGAUCACCAGCAAGUUGUCACCUUGAAAGAAAGGUGAAUGGAAAAUCUCUUUCUGGGGCAACAGUAACAAGAAGCCAGUCUUUAAAUAUUCGAACAACUCAGCCUACAAAAGUCCAGGGCCAAAUAUCUCAGAAAGGCCCAAAUGGGACCAGUACUUUGCCAGCUGAAAGUUCUCUUCUACAAGAAAUUGAAGUACAGAAUGAGGAAGUGGCAGCUUUUUGUCAAUCCAUUACAAAAUUGAAGGCCAGCUUUCCAUAUACCAAUCACUGCACAAAUCCAGGCUAUUUGUUAAGUCCAGUCACAGUGCAAAGAAACAUAUGUGGAGAAAAUGCUAGCGUGAAGGUCUCCAUUGAAAUUGAAGGAUUUCAGCUACCAGUUACCUUUACAUGCGAUGUGAGUUCUACUGUAGAAAUCAUAAUAAUGCAAGCCCUUUGCUGGGUACAUGAUGACUUGAAUCAAGUAGAUGUUGGCAGCUAUGUUCUUAAAGUUUGUGGUCAAGAGGAAGUGCUACAGAAUAAUCAUUGUCUUGGAAGUCAUGAACAUAUUCAAAACUGUCGAAAAUGGGACACAGAGAUUAAACUACAACUUUUGACCUUCAGCGCAAUGUGCCAAAAUCUGGCCCGAACAGCAGAAGAUGAUGAAACACCUGUGGAUUUAAACAAACACCUGCAUCAAAUAGAAAAACCUUAUAAAGAAGUCAUGACAAGACAUCCUGUUGAAGAACUUUUAGAUUCUUAUCACAACCAAGUGGAACUGGCUCUUCAAAUUGAAAACCAGCAUAGAGUGGUAGAUCAAGUAAUUAAAGCUGUAAGAAAAAUCUGCAGUGCUUUAGAUGGUGUGGAGACUCUUGCCAUUACAGAAUCGGUAAAGAAGCUGAAGAGAGCAGUUAAUCUUCCAAGGAGUAAAAGUGCUAAAGUGACUUCACUGUCUGGAGGAGGAGUCACUAGCAAGAGUUCAACUAGAGGCUCGCUGAAUCCUGAAAAUCCUGUUCAAGUAAGCAUGGACCAGUUAACUGCAGCAAUUUAUGAUCUUCUCAGACUCCAUGCAAAUUCUGGUAGGGGUUCUGUAGACUGUGCCCACAGUAAUAGGAACAUCAAGGAAGCAUGGACCACAGUGGAACAGCUCCAGUUUACAAUUUUUGCUGCACAUGGAAUUUCGAGUAACUGGGUAUCAAAUUAUGAAAAAUACUUCUUGAUAUGUUCCCUGACUUACAAUGGAAAGGAUCUUUUUAAACCUAUUCAAUCAAAGAAGGUUGGCACUUAUAAGAAUUUCUUCUAUCUUAUUAAAUGGGAUGAACUAAUCAUUUUUCCCAUCCAGAUAUCACAAUUGCCAUUAGAAUCACUUCUUCACCUUACUCUUUUUGGAAUUUUAAAUCAGAGCAGUGGAAGUUCCCCUGAUUCUAAUAAGCAGAGAAAGGGGCCAGAAGCUUUGGGCAAAGUUUCUUUACCUCUUUUUGACUUUAAACGGUUUUUAACAUGUGGAACUAAACUUCUGUAUCUUUGGACUUCAUCACAUACAAAUCCUGUUCCUGGAACAGUCCCCAAAAAAGGAUAUGUGAUGGAAAGAAUAGUGUUACAGGUUGAUUUUCCUUCUCCUACAUUUGAUAUCAUUUAUACCACUCCUCAAGUUGACAGAAGCAUUAUACAGCAACACAACUUAGAAACACUGGAGAAUGAUGUAAAAGGGAAACUUCUUGAUAUUCUUCACAGAGACUCAUCACUUGGACUUUCUAAAGAAGAUAAAGCCUUUCUGUGGGAGAAACGUUAUUAUUGCCUCAAACACCCAAAUUGUCUUCCUAAAGUACUAGCGAGUGCCCCAAACUGGAAAUGGGUUAAUCUUGCCAAAACUUACUCAUUGCUUCGGCAGUGGCCUCCAUUGCACCCACUGACUGCGUUGGAGCUUCUUGAUUCAAAAUUUGCUGAUCAGGAAGUGAGGUCCCUAGCUGUGACCUGGAUUGAGGCUAUUAGUGAUGAUGAGCUAACAGAUCUUCUUCCACAGUUUGUGCAGGCUUUGAAAUAUGAAAUUUACUUGAACAGUUCAUUAGUGCGCUUCCUUCUGUCCAGGGCAUUGGGAAAUAUACAGAUAGCACACAAUUUAUAUUGGCUCCUCAAGGAUGCCCUGCAUGAUGCACAGUUUGGUGCCCGAUAUGAACAUGUUUUGGGUGCUCUCCUCUCAGUAGGAGGAAGAGGACUCAGAGAAGAACUGCUGAAGCAGGCAAAACUUGUACAGCUUUUAGGAGGAGUAGCAGAAAAAGUAAGGCAGGCUAGUGGAUCAGCCAGACAGGUCGUCCUCCAAAGGAGUAUGGAACGAGUACAGUCUUUUUUUCUAAGAAAUAAAUGCCGUCUCCCUCUCAAUCCAAGUCUUGUGGCAAAAGAAUUAAAUAUUAAGUCAUGUUCCUUCUUCAGUUCUAAUGCCGUGCCCUUGAAAGUCACAAUGGUGAAUGCUGAUCCAAUGGGGGAAGAAAUUAACGUCAUGUUUAAGGUUGGUGAAGAUCUUCGGCAAGAUAUGUUAGCUUUACAAAUGAUAAAGAUUAUGGACAAGAUCUGGCUUAAAGAAGGGCUAGAUCUGAGGAUGGUAAUUUUCAAAUGUCUCUCAACUGGCAGAGAUCGAGGCAUGGUGGAGCUAGUUCCUGCUUCAGAUACCCUCAGGAAAAUCCAAGUGGAAUAUGGUGUAACUGGAUCCUUUAAAGAUAAACCACUUGCAGAGUGGCUGAGGAAAUACAAUCCCUCUGAAGAGGAAUAUGAAAAGGCUUCUGAGAAUUUUAUCUAUUCUUGUGCUGGAUGCUGUGUAGCCACCUAUGUUUUAGGUAUCUGUGAUCGACACAAUGACAAUAUAAUGCUUCGAAGCACAGGACACAUGUUUCACAUUGACUUUGGAAAGUUCUUGGGCCACGCACAGAUGUUUGGUAGCUUCAAAAGGGAUCGGGCUCCUUUUGUGCUGACCUCUGAUAUGGCGUAUGUCAUUAAUGGGGGUGAAAAGCCCACCAUUCGUUUCCAGUUGUUUGUGGACCUGUGCUGUCAAGCCUACAACUUGAUAAGAAAGCAAACAAACCUCUUUCUUAACCUUCUUUCACUGAUGAUUCCUUCAGGGUUACCAGAACUUACAAGUAUUCAAGAUUUGAAAUAUGUUAGAGAUGCACUUCAACCCCAAACUACAGAUGCAGAAGCUACAAUUUUCUUCACUAGGCUGAUUGAAUCAAGUUUGGGAAGCAUUGCCACAAAGUUUAACUUCUUCAUUCACAACCUUGCUCAGUUGCGUUUUUCUGGUCUUCCUUCCAAUGAUGAGCCCAUCCUUUCAUUUUCACCCAAAACAUACUCCUUUAGACAAGAUGGUCGAAUCAAAGAAGUCUCUGUUUUCACUUACCAUAAGAAGUACAACCCAGAUAAACAUUACAUUUACGUAGUCCGAAUUUUGAGGGAAGGACAGCUUGAGCCAUCAUUUGUGUUCCGGACAUUUGACGAGUUUCAGGAACUUCACAAUAAGCUCAGUAUUAUUUUUCCACUUUGGAAGUUACCAGGCUUUCCUAAUAGGAUGGUUCUAGGGAGAACACACAUAAAAGAUGUAGCAGCCAAAAGAAAAAUUGAGUUAAACAGUUAUUUACAGAGUUUGAUGAGUGCUUCAACGGAUGUAGCAGAGUGUGAUCUUGUUUGUACCUUUUUCCACCCUUUACUUCGUGAUGAGAAAGCUGAAGGAAUAGCUAGGUCUGCCGAUGCAGGUUCCUUCAGUCCUACUCCAGGCCAAAUAGGAGGAGCAGUGAAAUUAUCCGUCUCUUACCGAAAUGGCACUCUUUUCAUCAUGGUGAUGCACAUCAAAGAUCUUGUUACUGAAGAUGGGGCUGACCCAAAUCCAUAUGUCAAGACGUACCUACUUCCAGAUACCCACAAAACAUCCAAACGUAAAACCAAAAUUUCACGAAAAACUAGGAAUCCAACAUUCAAUGAAAUGCUUGUGUACAAUGGAUAUAGCAAAGAAACCCUAAGACAGAGAGAACUUCAGCUAAGUGUACUCAGUGCAGAAUCUCUGCGGGAGAAUUUUUUCUUGGGUGGAAUAACCCUGCCUUUGAAAGAUUUCAACUUGAGCAAAGAGACAGUUAAGUGGUAUCAGCUGACUGCAGCAACCUAUUUGUAAGCUAGUGAAUUUCUGAGCUUUGGAAGCAAGAAUAGUUAUAAACAUGUGCAGACACACGUGAACUUUGUAUAAUAUUUUUAUACUGGACAGAAAUUAUAAAGUAAAUGUACUUGCUGCAUUUCAACACAUCUGUUGGACCAACAGUUACUUAACUUUUAUGAAUUUGUUGACUCCAUUGCUGUUUUAAAGUCAUUGUAUAGAAUGCUGUAAAUCCUAAACUUAAUAUAUAAUAAGUCCUGAAAAAGACUUUGAGCUGGUGAAGGAGUUAAUCCUUUCUUGAGUAAUUCAGAGUAAUAGCUUUAGUGUGGUCUGAUAGUAUUGUCAGUUCAACCAUCUAUUUUGCAUUGUUUCUUACACAGACAUAGCAUGUUUGUUUUCCUGUUUUGCACCUUUUACAGCCUUUACCACUGUGUAUGUCCACAAACACCAAAGGAGAGGAAAGGUGCAGGAUGUUACCAUAAAAUGCAGCUGCUAUUCACAGGGCUGAAAAGCAAAGCACAAAUAAUAGUUAUGUUAAGAACUACUAAGUAGUUUAUAGAAGUAGGGGAAAAUAACAUUGCUUUUUAUUAUUCAUGUCUUUAAAACCUUUUUCAGAAUAAGUGCCAAUCACUGAAGUUGUAAAUAAUGGUGCCUUAACUUCAUAUGCUUCUCUGGCACUUCAUUCUGAGUUUUUUCCUGACUUAAUAGUAAGUAGUUUUCACUCCCUUUUUACUAAAGACAAGAAAUUAUGUAAAUUUACUAAUGCUUUCCCCACAGAUAGAUCAUUUUCUGUACUUCAGAUGUGUGACUUAUUAGUUAUUUAAACAUCAGCCAUUUGUUUUAUGUUUUCGUUGCCCAGUAACUGAAUGAGAUUCAUCAACGUAGAUGUACACUAUAUUCCAUCAUUCCAUUAUAAUUCUACAUUUAUUCCCAGGAGGGUGAACUGAAGUUUGGUAAUUUUACCUCCAUAUAUCUAUACUCCACCCCCUCAUUAAACGAGAGAAAAUAUUCCCUCAAGUGUCCAUUCCUGUUCGGUAGAAGAACUCCAUGAGUAGGGCAGACUCUUCACAAGAGGCCCAGGACAAGAACUCUAGGGUCCAGACUAAAUUUUAAUGUAGACCUUUAUGGCACAGUUCGUCUUGUACACUGUCUUACUUAUUACCUUUGUAAACAUUUUACAUUUGCAUGAAUUACUUUCCUUAAUAUAAUGAGAUUUAGAAUCAUAAGGGACAUGAUUGAAAUCAUUCUAUAGUAACCAUUAAGAACAGGGUUCACUUUUAUUAGUUAUUCAACUUCACACAUAAUUUUGUGUUUAGUUUGGAUAAAUAGGUAUAUAUAAUAUUAAUUCUCAUGGCUAGAAUAGGAAUUCACUUUUAAGUGGUAAGAGACUGUAGCAAUCAAGUUGCUGUGGGAUAACUGACAAAACAUUCAAUGAAAAAUACCAAGAAAGGAAGGACAAUCUCCGAUUCAGUUGCCCAGAACAGAAUUUUUAUAAACUGUGCAAAUGUUUAAUGUAAAUGGUGAUACCUGCAGAGCAGACAAAGAAGAGUUGAGAAUGUAUCAGUGGGACAGGUUAAAAAAAAAACUUGAAAUUUUUGGUGCCUAACACUAAUGGUCCACUUGUAGGAAACCCCAUAUGAUAUAUGAAUGUCUUUUUUUUAUAUUAAAAUGUGUUGUCUAUUUAAUAAGUUAAUUAAAAGGCAGAUCAAAACACCGCUGUUUAUUUGCUUUUUCCACAUACAGUUAACAUUUCCUUAAAGUGUGUAAGUAGCUUUGCAAAUGUGAAGAAGUACUAGACAUUUUCACUUGUUUUUAAGACCUAAUUCCAUUCCAUGAAUUGUCACUUAGCCACUGUUUAAAAAAAGAAAAGAAAAGAAAAGAAAAGAAAAAAAAGUACUGUCUUGGUAAAAGGUCACUGUUACCUGGACUCAGUGUAUACUGCCUGUUUGCAAUCUGUUAUAGCAGUGUCUUUUAUACAAAUAGUAGAGCUAGAAAAUGUGAUGUCACUUUUCAAUUGCAAGAAAUAAUGGAUUUUUAAUCCAAAAAUACAUAUUAUACACUCUGUAUAGUUAACCAGAGUUCAAAACAAGUGGUAAUCUUUCUCUUAAUUUAACUCAUUAUGUGCCUUCUUUGGUCAUUAAAAAAACACACAUACAUUAAGUAUAUUUUAAAUAUAAGUUAUUUCUUUGUGAACGCUAAUCUUCAGCCCUUACCAAAAACAAACAAAAAAUGACAGAGGCGCCUCUUGCACUACUUACUAUCAAUAAAAUUUUAAAUGUUUUUUUAAACAUUUUUUUAAAGCUUGCAUUAAAGUAAAUCUGAAACUAAAGUUUAAACAAACUAGCCAAGACACUAAUUUUUAUGUAUAAUCACAGUGUUUUAUACCUAUCUUUACUGAGUAAAAAUAGUUAUGCUUAAGUCGUACACCAAAAGAAUUUUUUCCCCUUGCAGUGUUUUGGGAUUUGAAAAUAAUGGUUUACUCAAAGAAUCUAUUAUUUUCUCUACUGAGGAACCCAAUGUAGAACUUGCACUGAUGUUUUUAUUACUGCCUUUAUAAGAAUCUGUAGGUAUCUAAAUGUUAAGGCAUGUAUGAUCUUUGAUAAAGUAUUCUUUUAUCUUUUCAAAUUAAUGUUGUGUAAAAGUUUCAAUAUCUUGCCUUAAAUUGGUUGACUGUUCUUUCUAGGAUUCAUGUGGCAUUUAAAAAAGAAAACAUUAAAUUUGAUACUUAGACUUCAGAUCAAAAAGGAAUCAAGCCCCACUACCAUAAUCCAUGGAUUUACUUACAUGCUGUUUGACUAGCAAUGCAAAUAUGAAUAAAUGUGGCAGUUAGUCUCAUCUGUAAGAACCAAAUACUUUAAUUAUGUUAAGGUAGUUAAUAAAGAUGUAUAAUAUUUUUAUUAAUACCUUGAAUAUAUUCAGUGGAUUGAAUGUGACUUCAUAACUGUACUACAAUUGUAUUAAAAUAUUUCUGGA